AUCGGUUCCUACUUACUCUGCCCUUCACCAAACACACGAUGCAGCUGUCCCUCGGUCUCCUCGCCCUGUGGGCUUCCACGUCCCUAGGACAGUCGAUGCAGGAGUGCACACGAGAGCUCGCCAGGACAGAUGAAUGCGCCGAUGUUAUCAACCCCAAUGCGUGCUACAACAUGUACCGGUUCAACAGCGCGCGAACAUUGUCAUGUAUCGAAGGCAAGGAUGAUGCCGAAAGAAAGAGAAAGGCUUGCAUGUGUUGCACGUGUGUUGGGACCGUCAUGUGCAACUGGCUGCGGACGAAUCGUUACUGUUGAGGGUCGAUGUUGGGAAACCCGGAUGCAUCUACAAGCAAUCUUUUAUUCUUCAAUACUCAACAUAAAAAUCAGCUACUCAAAGC